UUUCCUCUACAAAUAUUGAUUUUUACAUCGUAACAUACUAUCCUAGAAGAUUUUGAUGUUACUGUCAGUACUUGAUAGUUGUUUUGAAAAGGUAUUUCGGGUUUCUAAAUGGUGUCACGAUCCCUAUGGAGACUGAAGCAGCUCAGCCAGACGAGGGGCCCAAUGCGGCUGCUUCGGCCCGAACGAAAAAGCCCACCAUAGAAAUCUACGUGCCCAAGAAACAGGCCGAGAAAAUGGAGAAGCCUCAGACAGAUGGUGACAAGAAAUCCAGACCCAGGCCCCGGUACACUGACAAGGCCCGCAAGAACAAGAAGGAUAAAGCCAAAGCGACAGAGACUCCAAACGGAGAGGUAAAACAGGAAGACGGGGGGCGGGAGGAGGGAGAUAAAGAAAACCUAAACAUGCACACAGAAAAAGAGGAGGAGUCUAGAGAUGAUACAGACAAUGUAUCCAGAACUAUAAACACACCAGAGGACACGGGUAGCGCACUAGAACAUGAUGGGGUGCCAGAGAAGGAGGAUGAAGAGGAGAACUGGGAUUCUUUGUUUAAUGAUGAUGGUGACUGUCUUGACCCACAUUUAGUGGAGGAGAUGUCUCUUACGGAGGGCCGCAAGAAGUCGUCUAUACAGGAGGCGCGCUUCGAUAACUAUAAUUGGACGCCGGAGGAGGAAGAGGAGGUGGAGCUUCGGGACGAUGAGCUGUCACACAUCGUGGAGAUUUACGAUUUCCCGCCUGAGUUCAAGACGGAGGACUUGAUCAGAUCCUUCAGCUCGUUCCAGCAGAAGGGGUUUGACAUCAAGUGGAUGGAUGACAUGCAUGUCCUCGGUUUGUUCUCCAGUCCCAUCGCAGCUCGUGAUGCUCUGAGGAUGAAGAACCCCAUGAUGAAGGUCAGGCCUCUCUCCAAAUCAUCAAACGCCACUAAAGCCAAAGCGCGCAGCUGCUCCGAUUAUCUGCUGCCGGCUAAAGAGCGUCCUCAGACGAGUGCGGCUCUGGCGCGCCGCCUGGUGAUCGGGGCUCUGGGUGUGAAGAGUAAUCAGACCAGAGAAGAGCGAGAGGCCGAGAGGAACAAACUACGGCAGGCAAAAGAACAAAAGUGUUUGGCUGCUAAGCAGCGUGAAGAUGCCUGGGAGGGCAAAUGAAGACACAGGUUUGUGUUUAUGUGAACUAUGAAGCGUUUUGAUUUGAUCAUCAGUUCAUGCCUGAAGGGGUUUAUCUGUGGGUUUGGGGUCUGAAGGCUUCGUAUCUCACAACCCCCUCCAGCAGGACUACUGCCAAACCAGCACAGAUUGAACCAAAGCCACAACAACAGGGAAACGGGUUCAUCGAAUCAAAGUGUGAGAGCCACACAAACUCCAACAGGGACGUUUUGUAAUUUUAUAUCUCUCUUCUUGAGAUUCGUUUUGAAUUGUGAGCUUUGCCCUGUAAAUGUUUAUGAUUGUUUUCAGUUUUGGAAAGGCCAUUUUAAUGUAUUUUGGUUAAAGAAUGUUUUUCUCUUUAGUGACUAAAACUAGAUCACAUGUCAGUGUGAUUUCACUUUCCUUAUUUUGGUUUUCAUUUUUUAUUUCAGUAAAGAGAAAAGUCUGAUGAUGUCUUUCAUGCCAUUUAAACAAAACAUUUUUUUUAAGUGAGUGAAUCAUAAAAUCUGUCAGCUCAAAAUAAAAAGGAAAUAGGAAAGAUGUUUUAAAAAAAAUUAGGUCAAGCAUCAUGGUAGUACAUGUAAAUUGCAGAUUUUAAUGAAAAUUGUAAUUAUAGUUACUAUUCUGUAAAUCGUAAUUGAGAAUUGCAAAAAAAUGAAUUUGUAAGAAUGAGGUGAGACUAAAGUCCAUUGUGAGUAUUCUAUUUAAUGCCAGUCAAGUCUUUUGCAAACCAGCAGCACAUUCUAACAGAACUUUUUUUUUUGUUUUUUUGUAUGUGUUCUUUCAUCAUUACUGCAAAUAUUGUGCUGUUAGCGUUUAUCUCCAAAAGAUUUUGUUCAGGCACUAAACUGACAGACACACACUCAAGUGUCUGUUGUUCUCUGAUGUUGUUGCACUUGAAUUCCCAGCUGUGCUCUGAAUAAAAAUGUUGAAAUCUUUCUCUAGAAUAUCAUUCAUGUAUUGUUAACAAGUCUUUUACGUUUUCAAGUUAUCAUUCGUUCACACCACCUAGAAGGAUCACGUCACAGAUGAACGAUAUCGUUCGAAUUACUUUAAGAACGUUUUUUGAUUAAAGACAUUGACAGCCAAUCAGAAUCCACCAGCGGU